UUUGGGUUUCAGUUAUGGGAAGGGAUUUCACUUGGAUUUCAGAUUUGUUACUCUUGAAAGUGUUUGGAUAAAGAGCCAAGAAAUACAUCGUUGCUCAUAUGGGAACAGAAAAGCUGGUAAAUGUUAAUUGUGACUGAAAACCUUGAAUUUAUGUUAUCAGAUUCAGAAAGAGUACAUUUAGACAAUUUAGAUGUAUUUUUUUUUGUUCUUUUCUCAUUGUUGUCAAAUUAUCUUUUAAUGAAAUCUUUUUCUCUGUAGCCCUUUACCAACUGGGCAUCUACCACACCUCUCUUGAUGUCAUUUUUGAUGUCAUGAGGAUGUAGCUGUCAAUGUUGCAGCCCACACAGUGGGCAAUCCCCAGGUUCACUUUAGUGAUUCCAGAGAGUUCUGUGGAUAAAGAUCUAUGCUGUGUUGGUGAGGAGCUGUUGACAGUAUCAUAGAAGGUAAUAUUUCCGUUGUGUUUAAUAUGUAACUGUUUCUUUCUAUCUCUGUAUGGUUCUUUGAGAGCCUGAUGGUCAGUGCAGGAAAGGAAGGUGCUACUUCAUCCUAGGUCUGUCCAUUCUGAACUGUCAGUUUCACUAGAAUUCAGCUACUUCCAGUCACUGACUGCCUUGGCAAUGUCAGUGUCACCACCAGCUUUUCUGAAGGCAGACCCAGGGGGCCAAUUUGAGAGACAGCACAGAUGUGGUAUCUGCUUUCCCACUGACACACAUAAGAUGCAGAACUUUGAUUUCCUUGGGGUGGAACUUGGGUGUCAUGAUAAAGAUGGCUAGUGUCAGAUGAACCUGGAUGCUGGACCACUGAAGAAAGUGAUACUUUUGUCUCCCCCAAACAAAAGCUGAGAGUCAGACUUAUUCUAAAAAAUUUCAAUUAAAUUUUUUUUUUUUUUUUUGAGAUGGAGUCUCACUCUGUCGCCCAGGCUGGAGUGCAGUGGCACGAUUUAGGCUCACUGCAAGCUCCGCCUCCCAGGUUCACGCCAUUCUCCUGCCUCAGCCUCCUGAGUAGCUGGGGCUACAGGCGCCCACCACCACACCCGGCUAAUUUUUUGUAUUUUUAGUAGAGACGGGGUUUCACCAUGUUAGCCAGGAUGGUCUCGAUCUCCUGACCUCAUGAUCUGCCUGCCUCAGCCUCCCAAAUUGCUGGGAUUACAGGCGUGAGCCACCGCGCCCGGCCAAUUAAAUCUUUGAUACGGAGUGCAUCCUGGUGUAGUGGAAGUAGCUUGAACUAAUAAUUAGAAAACCUGGAUCCUAUCUGGGUUCUUAAUUCUAUUAUGGUCAUUCAUCCUCAAGCCUGUUAUUUGAAUUGUCUGCGCCUCAAUUUGCUCAUCUGUCAAAUCGGGAUGGCAAUACUGACAAAGACUAUUGUAUAGGAUCUUCUGGAAGAUUAAAAUGAGGUCGUGAAUAAGAAAUUCACUUCGAUAAAUUAUAAUGCAUUAGUAAGUUUUAUUAUAACUAUAAAAUAAUAUUAAAACAGUAAUAUUAAUUCCUGAAAAGAAUAAGCUUAUAUGUGAAUGUUUUAAUUGUCUGAGUCUGUACAGCUUUAUUGUUGUAUAUAUCAUAACAAAUUAGCCUUCCAUUCAUUAGAUUAAGAAAACCUGCAGAGUCCUUUUACUUGUAUAUUUAAUGCCUUUUGAACAGUUUUAGAUUUACAGAAAAAAACGGAGGGAAAUGUAUGGAAUUCCCAUAUAUUUCCUCAUCCCUCUAACCCCUAAUUAACAUCUUUGCUUUAAUUAAUGAACCAAUAUUGAUACAUUAUUAUUCAUUAUUAGUCCAUAGUUUACAUUAGGGUUCACUCUGUGUUGUACAUUCUAUGGGUUUGGACAAUUGUGUAAUGAUGUGUAUCUACCAUUACAGUCUCAUAUAGAAUAGUUUCACUGCCCUAAAAGUCCCUCAUGCACCACCUAUUCAUCCUUCCUUUUUCUCUUCCUGAAUCCCUGGCAACCACUGAUCUUUUUACAGUAUCCACAGUUUUACCUUUUCUAGAAUGUCAUGUUGUUGGAAUUAUACAGCAUGUAGCCUUUCAAGAUUUAGCUUCUUUCAUUUAGUAAUAUGCACUUAAGAUACUUCCAUAUCUUUUUGUGGCUUGAUAGUUUUUCUUUUUAUCCCUGAAUGAUAUUCCAUUGUCAGGAUAUACCAGGAUUUAUUUACCUAUUGAAGAACUUGGUUGCUUCCAAAUUUUGGCAAUUAUGCGUAAACCUGCUAUAAACAUCUGUAUGCAGGCUUUUGGGGAAAUAACAAGAAGUGUGAUUUCUGGGUCAUGUGGUAAAAGUAUGUUUGCUUUUGUAAGAAACUGCCCAACUGUUUACUAAAGUGGGAUGUACUAUUAUGUUUUCAUUCCCACCAGCACGGAAUGAAAGUUCCUGUUGCUCCACAGCCUCACCAACAUUUGAUGUUGUCAGUAUUUUGAAUUUGGGUUAUUCCAAUAGGUGUAUAGUGGUAUUUCAUUGUUGUCUUAGUUUGCAAUUCCCUAAUGACAUAUGAUGUUGAUCAUCUUUUCAUAUGCUUACUUGCCAUCUGUAUAUUUUCUGUAGUGAGAUAUCUUUCAGAUCUUUUGCCUAUUUUUUGAUUGGGUUGUUUGUUUUUCUGUUGUUGAAUUUUAAGAGUUCAUUGUAUAUUUUGGAUGCCAGUCCGUCAUCUGAUAUGUAUUUUGCAGAUUUUCUUUCAGUCUGUGGCUUGUGUUUGCCUUCUCCUAAUAUUUAUUUUGCUUAUUUAACCUCAAAAUCACAAUCCAAUUAUUUUUUAAGUACCAAUGACAUCCAGGUUUACAGGUUUUAAAAAGGUUGACAAAUCCUAAUGCUGUAUUCUUAUUUACCAUUGACUCCUUUUGUGGUUGGUUGCAUUUGAAGAAUGAAUCAAGUCAUCAAGCCCAACAUGGGCUCAACCUCAAACCUCACAUUCUUAACCAGGAUCAUCGCUGCUAUCAUCUGAGAGUCAGCCUGUGGCCUGUCCAAGUUGGCUGGGUCUGGCUGAGCUGAUUGGAGCGGCCGACAUUUUUGCUGACUGGAGUCAUGCUAUCUUUGCCAGUUUGCUGGAAUAGACACAGACACCGAUUGGGUCACGCUGAAGACAUUCCUGUCUUGUGAAGCAAGUCUGUUUGUAUUUUAAGUUUGCCAGGACUAAUGAAUUAAAACAUUUGGACUCCCCACAACUUGCUGUUUAUCAAUGCCUCUGACAGGAGGAGGGUUUUCUUUUGCUCUUGCUUUUUCUAGAAACAUGACAACAUCCUGGCUCUUAGAGAGGCAAGGAAAGGAGAGAGGGGUUGUGAAGGGAAGCGGAAGGGAAGGGAAGGGAGGUCCCGUGGGACGCUGGGGUCUGGGGCAGAGCAGGUAGCAGCGUGCUGCCCUGACAGCUGUCUCCACUCCUCAGAUUGUCAGUGGCUGCUAUGCAGCAGGUGCAGCCUGGUCUCUCACUGAGUCUCUACUCCACAAAGGCAACGACUGGCCAAGGCAGUGGCUGGCUCUGGGUUACACAAGUGCAGACACUCAACUAAGUGAGCUGGAAGACCCAGGAGAAGGCGGAGGCUCAGGUGCCCACAUGAUCAGCACAGCCAGGGUACCUGCUGACAAGCCUGUACGCAUCGCCUUUAGCCUCAAUGACGCCUCAGAUGAUACACCCCCUGAAGACUCCAUUCCUUUGGUCUUUCCAGAAUUAGACCAGCAGCUACAGCCCCUGCCACCUUGUCAUGACUCUGAGGAAUCCAUGGAGGUGUUCAAACAGCACUGCCAAAUAGCAGAAGAAUACCAUGAGGUCAAAAAGGAAAUCGCCCUGCUUGAGCAAAGGAAGAAGGAGCUCAUUGCCAAGUUAGAUCAGGCAGAAAAGGAGAAGGUGGAUGCUGCUGAGCUGGUUCGGGAAUUCGAGGCUCUGACGGAGGAGAAUCGGACGUUGAGGUUGGCCCAGUCUCAAUGUGUGGAACAACUGGAGAAACUUCGAAUACAGUAUCAGAAGAGGCAGGGCUCGUCCUAACUUUAAAUUUUUCAGUGUGAGCAUACGAGGCUGAUGACUGCCCUGUGCUGGCCAAAAGAUUUGUAUUUCAAAUGAAUAGUGAGUCAGAUCUAUUGCUUCUCUGUAUUACCCACAUGACAACGGUCUAUAAUGAGUUUACUGCUUGCCAGCUUCUAGCUUGAGAGAAGGGAUAUUUUAAAUGAGAUCAUUAACGUGAAACUAUUACUGGUAUAUGUUUUUGGAGAUCAGAAUUCUUUUCCAAAGAUAUAUGUUUUUUUCUUUUUUAGGAAGAUAUGAUCAUGCUGUACAACAGGGUAGAAAAUGAUAAAAAUAGACUAUUGACUGACCCAGCUAAGAAUCGUGGGCUGAGCAGAGUUAAACCAUGCGACAAACCCAUAACAUGUUCACCGUAGUUUCACGUAUGUGUAUUUUUAAAUUUCAUGCCUUUAAUAUUUCAAAUAUGCUCAAAUUUAAACUGUCAGAAACUUCUCUGCAUGUAUUUAUAUUUGCUAGAGUAUAAACUUUUAUACUCUGAUUUUUAUCCUUCAAUGAUUGAUUAUACUAAGAAUAAAUGGUCACAUAUCCUAAAAGCUUCUUCAUGAAAUUAUUAGCAGAAACCAUGUUUGUAACCAAAGCACAUUUGCCAAUGCUAACUGGCUGUUGUAAUAAUAAACAGAUAAGGCUGCAUGUGCUUCAUGCCAUGUGACCUCACAGUAAACAUCUCUGCCUUUGCCUGUGUGUGUUCUGGGGGAGGGGGGACAUGGAAAAAUAUUGUUUGGACAUUACUUGGGUGAGUGCCCAUGAAAACAUCAGUGAACUUGUAACUAUUGUUUUGUUUUGGAUUUAAGGAGAUGUUUUAGAUCAGUAACAGCUAAUAGGAAUAUGCGAGUAAAUUCAGAAUUGAAACAAUUUCUCCUUGUUCUACCUAUCACCACAUUUUCUCAAAUUGAACUCUUUGUUAUAUGUCCAUUUCUAUUCAUGUAACUUCUUUUUCAUUAAACAUGGAUCAAAACUGA